ACGGAGGUUCUAAUAGUUUGAUUUCCUUCAUCUAUUAUGGCUAACGUGUGUCCUCCAGCUCCCCAAGUUCUCUCUCUAUCUCGCUACACUAAUAGUUCAUCAAAGAGAGACACUUAUACCAUUUGGAUGAAAUCACUUGUAUGUCAUACAAAUGGUUGCACUGUUUACAAUUCCAGUGGCAACAUUGUUUAUCGUGUCGACAACUACGACAAAAAGUGUAGCAACGAAGUCCAUCUCAUGGAUCUCCAAGGCAAAGUCCUCUAUACUAUAUGCAAAAAGAAAUUAAAAGCUUUUGAGCAAUGGGAUGGCUACAGAACUAGUAGCCCUUCUAAUAGAAACAAGGAGAAGCCUGGGUUUCAAGUGAAAAGUUAUAGUAGAAUGCUCAUGGGAACCACAGCUUGUCAAAUUACAGUAGAGUGUGACAAGUAUUGGAUAGUGGCAGGGAAGAGUGGUGCUGUGGGAUAUAGAAUAGUAGACAUUGAUGAACAUAUUGUUGCAGAGGCGAAGCAGAAGCUAUCAUCAUCUGGAGUAGUUCUGGGGGAUGAUGUCUUAACUUUAGAGGUGGUUCCUCAUAUGGACCAUUCCUUUAUAAUGGCUAUUGUGAUUGUGUAUGGAUUGAUUUGUCGCAAAAUGUAAGUGUGAUCACAUAAUAUGUAGCAUGGCUAUUUCCAAAGCAUGUAAAAAUGCACCUUCUUAUAAACUAGGGUAAAUUACAUAGUAACCCCUUAGGUUUGAGGUCUAUUACAACCCCAUACAACAUCUUUAAAACAUUUUA